GUGAAAAAGGAAAAGAGGAAAAGGUUAAUCAAAGUUUGGGAAUGGCGUCUCCUCGUUUCUUCUUCGCUUUCUUCCUCUCCACUUCGAUGCUCUUCUUGUUGUCAAUAUCUCCAUGUCAUGCUCAAAACGUCACUCUUUCUCUUUACUACGAAACUCUCUGCCCUUACUGUGCAGACUUCAUAGUCAACCAUCUGGUAAAGCUCUUUGACAAGGGACUCAAUUCCAUCGUCAACCUCAGGCUGGUUCCAUGGGGCAACGCUGUUAUGCAACGUGACGGCAACUUCGUUUGCCAGCAUGGGCCAGAUGAAUGCGUCCUGAAUGCUAUUGAUGCCUGCACCAUCACAAUAUAUCCUGAAGUGGAGCGGCAUUUCAGAUUCAUUCUCUGCGUUGAGCGUCUGGCCUUGGAGAACAAGGUGAACGAGUGGGUUAACUGUUUUGAUAUGACUGGGUUGGGCAGGGUCCCCGUUGAUUGCUAUAAAAGUGGAUACGGAAACAUGCUGGAAAAACAUUAUGCUGCUGAAACUGCUCAGCUUAAUCCACCACAUAAAUUUGUUCCAUGGGUGCUUGUUAACGGUCAACCUCUAGAGGAGGACUUCAAGAAUUUUGUUAGCUACGUCUGCAAGGCGUACCAGGGCAAGCUAGUCCCUGAGGCUUGCCACCAAUCACUUCCGCUGAUGAACAAUUCUUUGAAAAAGGCAAAUCCUAGUAAUCCAGUUUGUUAUGCUAAGAAGAAACUAGACAACUUUGAGUAGAGCUAAGAAAAUCUGAAGAGUAACUUUUUUGUCGACUCUUCCUAUGUAGGCGUCCUUGCUGAAUGCUGAUACACCAUUUUCAAUCACAUUGUUGCUGAUUUUUGGGAUUCACUUUUGGCUUCUCUCUGCUUUAAUUGAACAAUAGCGAUUGAUCUUGCUAAA